AAAGGGGCGGGGCUGCACGGAGCUCCCAGACAAGCACAGGGCGCUGCCGGACUCACACUGAUACCUGUGCUGGGCACAAACAUGGAAGCGCAGCCUUUACUGGUGCCAGCAGGAACCCUCUGCCAUACAGGAGCUGUUUUACCCAUAAUGUGUCCUCCAAACAUUUCCCAAGCAUGGUGCCAGAUCUUGAACAUUUCCCAGGAUUCCCCAUCCUACAUUCCAUUUACAAGAGACACAAGAGACUCCUCCAAUGAAACAAAUUUAGAUGUUGCAAAGACUUUAGGAGCCAAGUAUAAUCUCUACAUAGGCCUUAUAUUGGCCGUAAGUUCCAGCCUUUUCAUCGGCUCCAGUUUCAUCAUGAAAAAGAAAGGGCUUUUACGGCUGGCAGAAAAAGGAAGCACCAGAGCUGGGCAAGGUGGAUUCUCAUAUCUCAAGGAAUGGCUCUGGUGGGCAGGAUUGCUCUCAAUGGGAGCAGGAGAAGCCGCCAAUUUCGCCGCCUAUGCAUUUGCUCCAGCGACGCUGGUAACACCACUUGGCGCAUUGAGUGUGCUAGUAUGCGCUGUGCUGUCAUCACAUUUCCUUAAUGAGAAACUAAACAUGCAUGGGAAGCUGGGUUGUCUGUUGUGCAUUUUGGGCUCCACAAUGAUGGUGAUCCACGCUCCACAAGAGGAGGAAGUCACCUCUCUGCAUGACAUGGAAAUGAAGUUGAGAAAUCCAGGGUUCAUCACAUUUGCCACUCUGGUCGUUGUGGUCGCUCUGUUGCUCAUUUUCUUCGUUGCCCCUAGCAAGGGCCCGUCCAACAUUCUCGUCUACAUCUCUAUCUGCUCAGUCAUUGGCGCUUUUUCCGUAUCAUCCGUGAAAGGCCUGGGGAUCGCUAUUCAUGACUUUAUAGAGAGUAAACCUGUUUACAAAGACCCACUCUUCUACAUCUUGUUGGUGGUCUUGGUCGUGUCUGUGGGGACGCAGAUUAAUUACCUGAACAAAGCCCUGGAUGUGUUCAAUACGUCCAUCGUGACGCCUAUCUAUUACGUGUUUUUCACCACCAUGGUUGUGACCUGCUCUGUCAUCUUGUUUAAGGAAUGGAACAGCAUGGAUGCCAGCGAUAUGAUCGGGACCCUGAGUGGGUUCCUAACAAUCAUCAUAGGGAUUUUCCUGCUGCACGCCUUCAAGAAUACCAAUAUCACGUGGAGCCAAAUAACCUCCAGCGUGCAGAAAGAAAAGCUCAGCCAGGCUAAUGAGGCCAAUGGGCAGGAGGAUCAGCACAGUUUGCUGGGGAACCUGGAACAUUCUUUGUUGGGGUACGAGGAAGAGAACACUGGUUUCAGCAGAGCAGUUCAGCAUCACUAACACAAGUACAUUGUUCCUACAUGGAACGAAGGAGACCUGUAUUUAAUCUCAUUACCAGAGUGUUGGUCCCAUUGCGUUACUAAAUAUAGUAUUGCAGCGGGGACACACUUCGAAAAUGUUUAUAAGCAAUGUAAAUAGGUAAUACAGAGACAGAUAUUUUAUUUAACAUGUCAUUUUUUUUAUUUAGAAAUAUUUUUUUAUUUAAGGGAAAUAUUUCACAAUGAAUCAGUAGUAAAGGCAAAGUACCCCUUAUUUAUAAGCAGGGUUUAUCAUCGUUUUGUUGGGUUCAGAAGCUUCAUGUCUGGGAAGAACAUUUCUACCUUGUAUAAUUAAUGCUAUAUACAUUAGGUGGGGGCUGCCAUAUCUUUUUUACCUUCUCCCUAGACAACAUAUAACAGCACCUCUAGUGGUUAUAACAUGAUGGUGCUGCUGCUAUUGCAUUCUAGGUAGAAUGCCUCUAGAUGGGUACAAAUAUGGCAGCUUUCAUUAUAAAGGAUAAUUUCAUACAUAUUGGUGUUAUGCCCUCAUACUUCACUUAUAUAUAUAUAAAUAUUUGUAAGCAUGGGGCAUUUUCUUUUUUUUCUGCCACAGUAAAUGUGGUUGUCUUGGGCCAAAGCAAGGUGGCAGUUUGUAUUAACAGACAUACAGGGGUCAUUUUUUUACUUGCAGGGCAGGGUGCUAAGUCCAUGUUUUUGCACUUUGCACCCUGACAAAUUUUACCCCUGGACUCAAGUGAUUUUAUAAUGAACACUAAGGGGCACAGGUUUGUGCCUUCAUUUGUAUCCGGGGUAAUUGUUAAUAAUCCCGUUAUGUGUUUGUAUUUAAGGCAUGCAUUAGCUCCUGCAGUGAUGCACCCCUUCCUUUUAUUAUAUACUGUUAGUGCAUGGGUGUUUGUAGGUCUGUAGUUGAUGUUAAUUCCUGGGGCAGAGAGAGGUGCACUUCACGUUCCUUAAACUUGCCUCUUUCCUUAAUCCUAAAGCACAAAUCACUUAUUACUUCUCCAUUUGGACAGUUUUGGAAAAACCCUGACAUGGAUUGCACUACUUCAUACGGAGCUAAGGGCAGGCAGGGCAUCCCAGGCACUGGGAACCAACUACCUCUAUAAAAUACACAUGGGAAUAAUGCACUUCUUUAAUUGUAUUUUCAGUUUUAUGUUGAGGAUUGCUCUGCAUAUAUUUAUAGUGUGUGUGUGUCUGUUUUGAAUCAGAAAUCUAUUUAUUGAUAAAGAGGAAAUCAUUGUAUCAAAGCUGUAUUUAUAUUUACCUGUUAUAGGUCUGUAAGUGUUCUAAUUGCAAUGGGAAGCAUCGGACACAACAUCCCUUUCUAAGCCUGGCAUUUGUGUACAAAAGCUAUGGCAUCCGUUAUGGGCGCAACACAAGGGCAAAGGCAAAGCGCAUGGUAUUUUGUGCAAGUUUACACGCCAUUCACAAAGGUACUUGUGUCAUUACACUCUCCUCACACUUGGGCCUUGUGUCAGCUUGUUGGCUUAUUGUCCUUUGAUGAAGGUGCAAAGAGCAGGGCAGACAGACGCAAGUCAGCCUGCAUAGAUGGUACAGGGCUCACUUUGCAUGUUGUACCUACUGUAUACUCCCAACGGACUUCAUUUCUAGCAAUUGUUGCCCCAAACUACAGUAAAACCCCUAUCCAGAAAACCCCAGCUUCUAAACUUUGAGGAUAAUAGAUCCUACAUGACAAACCAUAAGAUUCUCACAGGAUUUUUUUCCUGCAUGUGUAUAUAUAUAUAUAUAUAGAGAGAGAGAGAGAGAGAGAGAGAGAGAAAGAGAAAUCAUAUGAAAGCUGCACUCCCUUAAAAAAUGGGUGCCCAGAACCAAAAAAUAUAAUACAUACAAUGAAAGUGGUCUGCACUCCAAAUAUCUGUGCUUUAUUCCAUUAAUUUCACCAUUUCGGCUCCUGCUUGGGGCUUUUUCAAGGUUAACCUCGAAGCAGUAGCCAACACAUUGAAAUUUAUGGAAUAAAGCACUUUGAGAAACAUGGGUAUUUGGAGAGCAGACCACUUUCAUUGUAUAUAUAUAUAUCUGUAGGCAUGGCAGUGGCAUGUCCUUACUAGGUCCCUCUGCUCCCCUGUGUAUAUAUCAGUGAUACCCUACAACCAUAUGCCUUGAAAACUGCAGAAUUCCCCAAAAGAGGAAUACCUGCUUGAUGUUCUUCACUUGGCUUGUGCUUAUGGCAGAGAGAAGUCUUUCCCGUAUCAGCAUGAGGCCUUACAGUGAUUUCAUGCAUUUUGCCUCUGCUGAGGGAUAUUCACACUAAAAACACACAGCGGAAGUGCUCAAAAUUGCCUUUAAUCACACCACACACAGCCCACUAUGGGAACCUUGUGAUUCAUGGUUAUCUCCUUGAGCUUUAAUUGGGAUAAAAAAGGGGGCAAAAUCCCUAAAUUGCUAUGUGCUCCAUAAGCCUUAACUGAGCAGAUUAUCCAGACCAAAAUAUUGAAUGCAGUAGAUGAUUGCAUUACAAUCACUAUAUACUGUAAAUACGUUUAUGACAUUUAUUAUGUACUAUAUACUGUAUAUAUGUUUAUCCUAUGACUUUUAUGGGGCAGUAUAAGUGGAAAAAUAUGCACAAUGCAAACACGUUUGCUUUGCCCGUAUUCAGUUUACUGUAGCUUUUCCCAACCAGCCAAAGCAUUUAGUGACCCAUCCACAGUCAUUUGGAUUUUAUUACAUUCCCCCAGUGUAAAUGAUGUUCGCCCACGUUUUGUAGACUUUGCAUGUACAGAUGAGGAGAGGAUAUAUUUUUGUACUCUGUCCUGUUGCUCUCUAUAAAUACAUUUUAUACUGUGAAAAGGCCGCAGGCUCUGUAAGAAAUAAUGGGUGAAGUUAUAACCAUAAGAUCCAUUCAGGUUGCCACACUGUGAAAGUAUUGCAAACAAAUGGCAAUAAAUUGUAUUUGUAUCAAU